AUGUUAAAUAGUUAUCAAUUGUAUCAUCCUCAUCAUAAUCCCACAGUCAAUAAUCUACGUCGCAACAGUCUUAACUCAACUAUCUCAUUAAGUAAAUCUCGUCGAAAUUCAUUUUCACCUGCAACACCAUUAAUUCUCUCGCACCCGACUUUCGAAGAUUUCAACGAUGAUUAUUUUUCACUGCCAUCAUCUUCAACAAUAAAUAAUAAUAGAAUCAAUAAUAAUAAUAAUAAUACCCGUCCCAAACCGAUCGAAACUACUACGAAUUUUUUUCCCGAAUCCAAAGAUGAUGCGAGUCUUUCAUUUCUUGAUAGUCUUGAUCUUGCCAGUAAUCUAAUAGCAUCAACAAAUGAUGAUAAUAUUUUUAAUGGCAAAACUCUACCCGAUCUAUUAACAUCAUCACCUGCAGUUUCUUCUUCUCCGUCGGCAAUACAAUGUGUCCGCAUAAUCCGUCGAAACGAUACUGCACCUAUUCAAACAAAUACUAAUACAAGUCAACGUCGUGUUGUACGUGUUAUUCGCUUGAGUAAUGCAGCACGUACUACAGAACAAUCAUCAUCGUCGUCAUCAUCAUCAUCAUCAUCAUCGUCAUCAUCAAAUGUAUAUAUUGUUCGUAAAUCGGACAUAACACCAACUGUUCAAAUAAAUCCAGCAUUAAAACAUGUUAUUGCUCAAACAUCAAUCAAUAAUAAUAAUAACAACACGGAUGAAAAUAAUCAAGUAAAUAAAUUCUAUGGUUCAACAAUAUCAAUAUUUGGUAUUGAAUUUGCUGUUGUUUCAAAUGAAAAUAAUACUUCCGACAAAUGUGCAUCACUUGUACAGAAUAUGAAUGAUACGACCGUUAAGACAAAUGUACAAACAACGAAUAAGAUCAACGAUAUUCAUAAGUUAUUUUCUCGAAUAUAUCGAUGUGUGCUUUGUUCAGCGGAGUUCAAUGCUUAUGAAGAUUUCGUUUCACAUGGUAGUGGACAUUUACAAGAUUUAACAUUGAAACCACUUGAAACUGCAUCUGUCUUUCGACGACGCUCAUAUCGAUGUCUUUUACCACAUUGCAAUGCAAGAAUUGAAAGUGAAACGGAAAGUCCUCGAAUACUCGAUCAAUUAUUUCGUCGACAUUUGCUUAGCCAUGUUGGCACACACCCGUUCAAAUGUCAUAUAUGUAAAAGUAAAUUUCAAAGAAUACAAAAUUAUCGUGUCCAUUUAGCCUAUCAUGAAGAAAUGAACAGUCCUUCAUUACAGUGUAAAAAGUGUCUAAAAAAAUUUACUGCUGAUAAACAAUAUAAUUUUCAUAUUCGUAAAUGUUUUGUCGUGCCACCAUCUCUACCAACAACGCCAACGCCAUUAUUUCGUUGUCAAAUGUGUGGUGAAAAUUUUGAAAAAGAUCAAAGCUUAAGAUUGCACAUGAAACACAUUCAUCCAUCUCGUCCAUCAACGCCAACUGUGACUACGAUUCGAAGUGAUAAUGAAGUUCGUGUUCGACUAGUAUCACCACCACCUGUAUCAAUCAAACCCAAGACUCCGCCAGGAUCAUCGAAUUCAUGUCAAAUUUGUCAUCAAGAAUUUCCUAAGCGUUUACUGUAUAAAAAACAUAUGUUAACUCAUUUGGGUGAUAAACAUUUUGCAUGUACUUAUCCGGCAUGUAAAGAAACAUUUUAUACUCAAUCAAAUCUUGAUCGCCAUGUUCGAACAACACAUUUGCGUGGAAGUCAUUCAUUUGUAUGCACAUUUCCGAAUUGUGGGAAAACAUUUACGAGAAAUGAUUCAUUGAAAAAUCAUCGAGUGAAACAUUUUCCCAAUAUGAUCAUGAAAUGUCCAUAUGUUGAUUGCGAAGAAAAAUUUCGCGUGCGGUCAACGUAUCAUGCUCAUGUUAAACGACAUCGAACUGAAAAACAACAAGCAUCAACAAUGUAUGUGUGUGUGCUACAAAAUUGUCAAUAUACAACUUCAAAUAAAGCAAGCAUGAAACAGCAUUUAACAAAAGUACAUGAUUAUAAACAAGAAAAAGAUGAAGACAUUCCUUACAUUCAAUAUCCGUCCAAACAACAACAGCAGCAGCAGCCUAAUAUUGAUGAAUCAACUGCAACAAACCUUGUUGAAGUUUCAGCUCCACUAGUAGUUAAAUUACCCGGUGAUGAACCCAUUCCACCCACAACACUUGUUGUGUCAAAUCCUCAACCACUACUGUCUGCUCCACCACCACCUCUAAGUGAUCCAUUUGAUUUCUUUAAUAUGAUGAUGAUGCCCGACAUGCCACUUGGUGAUCUCGAUUGGCUUAAUAUUGAAUCCGAAGAAAAUAUUCGACCACGUAAACGUCAAAAUAUAAUUACAAUUAGUCGUGACAUGGAAAGUUUAUCUACUGUCGUUGUAGAAAACUUGAGUGGUUGUGCUCGAACCGAUUAUCGUAGUAAUCAUGCAUUACUCGAACGUGCUAAAUUUCGACGAAAGUUAUUAAAUUAUAAACGAGAACUUUUACGAGUUGACUCUCAGCCAGUUUCAAUAGCAACACGACGAUUGUCAUGCCAAUUAUCUGAUGAUAAUGAUAAUGGUAUUGAAGAUGAAGAUGAUGAUAUUCUAGAGACAACACUAUGGGAAACAAGUCCCAAACGAAUAAAACGAUGGGUUGAUGUUAAUGAAAAUUAA